UUUAUAAUUGUGAUAUUCUAGCUUGAUAUAAUUGUGUUUCGUAUUAUAUUAUUAUUCACUUUGAAUUAUCAUCUACAUUUGAAAUUGCCGUCAUCGCCCAAAUAUUCUUCUUUGUUCUUAUCUUUCUCUCGACCGUGACUCAAGUGAAAAUCGAGUGAAACGUGCAGCAGACAGACUUUCUAUCUCGCGUGCGCACGUAGCACACGAGCCGAAAUUAAAUAUCUACAUUACAAAAUAUCAUAAUAUGCAAGAAUAGUACCACAAUGUUAAUUCAUAUGUAACACUAAUCUAAUUUGUUCUAACGUUUUGCACUUCGCAAUCAGGUAUAUUACGUUUCACAUCGCACCUUUUACUACGCAGCGACCGCGAUUUUAACUUAAUACAAUUUAGGUAAAUGCCGAUUUUAGAAUGAUAUUUUAGAAAUGAAAUUUUUAUGUAGCUGUAAUUAAGAAAAAAAUACGGAACAGGAGAAAAAUAACGAUAAAAGUUACGCAACAGCUUAGUGCCAACUGUAAACGCGCAAUCUCUCGCACAGGUGGUCUUUCGAAAGUUGUGUGGUUGUACGCAUGACCUCCGCAAAGUUACUUCGUCGCUGUAAACGGCGACUUGGCAGUAAGUACACCGAACUUACUGUCAUACAAUGUGUUUUUGCCAGCUUGGCACGAUCUACGAUGCGUUCGCGCACGCGUGCGCGCCGCAAUUGUGACUUUAAGUAAGGUCAACUGGCGCAUCUGCGAUGUACCUUGCAUCGUUAUCGCCACAACGUGACCGUAAAAUCUCUUAACGCGGAAUGGCGGAAGCUCAUUCGGCAGUAGCGUUCAGCUUUUCGAUAACUCAUGAAGGAUGGGCCGUAAACUUCGAUCGGGAAGUACUCCACUUGGUGUGGCUGUCCGGCGUACGAUCGUGGAAGAAGAGAUUCUUUCGAUUUCAGAACAAUCUGAAAAGCGGCGUUUAUCCGGCUUCUUUGGAAAGUUUGUGGGUUACUGUGAUUAUGGUGACAGCGAUACACUUUGCCGGCUACAAAGUUCCAUAUGAUCUCGUUGGAAAAGUCUCACCCUAUCUAUCCGGAUCUUCCAUGCUCGCACACCUGGCAGGUUCUUUUGUGGUUGCGCUGUUAUUAUGGCUGAUGUGUAUUUACAUGAUUCGGUACACGCUAAAGCUGUUACUUAUGUACAAAGGAUGGAUGUAUGAGUCGAGAGACAAAAAUCGCAAGGUGUCGUUUUUAACGCGGUGCUGGGUCAUUCUGGUGAAAGUAUUCUCCGGUUGGCACAGACCCAUGUUGUACAGCUUUCAGGGUUCACUACCGCGAUUGCCGCUGCCAUCGAUAUCCGAUACUAUGAAACGGUAUCUGAGAAGUGUACGGCCGCUAUUGGACGACGAAAAUUUUAGUCGUAUGGAGAAAUUGGCCAACGAGUUCGAAAAUGGUAUUGGUGUGAAGCUGCAGCGUUACUUGAUACUCAAGUCUUGGUGGUCCACGAAUUAUGUAUCCGAUUGGUGGGAAGAAUAUGUUUAUUUACGCGGCCGAUCACCUCUCAUGGUUAACUCGAAUUUCUAUGGUAUCGACGCUAUCCUUUCGCGUCACACGGAUGUGCAAGCAGCAAGAGCCUCAGCCGUCAUAUAUUCUUGCUUGCAAUAUAGACGUCUUAUUGAACGUCAAGAAUUAGAACCAAUUUUAGUACAAGGAAUAGUACCGCUGUGUUCUUGGCAAUAUGAAAGAGUAUUCAACACCACGCGUAUUCCGGGAAUUGAAGUUGAUAAAAUUGUGCAUUAUCAAGAUUCGAAACAUAUCGUAGUAUAUCAUAAGGGCAAAUAUUUUAAAGUUCUAAUUUAUUAUCGAAACAGAAUUCUUCAAGCCUGCGAAAUAGAACUUCAACUUCAACAAAUAUUAAACGAUACUUCAACACCGUCAGAUGGAGAAGAGAAAUUGGCUGCGUUAACGGCUGGUGAAAGAACCGCCUGGGCACGGGCUAGAGAAGAAUUUUUUGCAAAAGGUGUGAAUAAAGCUUCCUUGGAUAUUAUUGAGAAAGCCGCAUUUGUAGUUGCGUUGGACGAUAUACCUUAUGAAUAUAAUCCGGAACACCCAGAAAAACUAGAUCAUUACGGCAGGAUUUUAUUACACGGAAAAGGAUACGAUCGAUGGUUCGAUAAAUCUUUUACAUUAUGCGUGGGAAACAAUGGUAGAAUUGGUUUCAAUGCCGAACAUUCAUGGGCAGACGCUGCGGUCAUGUCGCACUUGUGGGAAUACGUGGUAUGUUCGGAGUUCAUGGACGGACAGGCUGAUGCACCGGUGAUGGGAACUCUAUGGGAAUUUGUUAUUGCUGCUGAUUUCGAAAACGGAUAUAAAGAUGGACAUACUACGGGUACUCCGGAAUUUACACCUCCAGCUCCGACUCGAUUGCAGUUUGAUAUGGAUACUCGAUGUAUCGAAGCCAUUGAGCGAUCGUAUCGGGUAGCACACGGUAUAUUAAAUGACGUUGAUUUGCGUAUUUAUGUGCACGAUGCUUAUGGUAAAGGCCUGAUGAAAGCUAACUUCAUAUCACCAGAUGCUUACAUACAAAUGGCAUUGCAAUUGGCGUAUUACCGCGAUGCCGGAAGAUUUAAUUUAACUUAUGAAGCUUCCAUGACGAGAUUAUUCCGUGAAGGUAGGACAGAAACAGUCAGGCCUUGCACCAUCGAAUCUACGAAAUGGGUCAAAUCAAUGGAGGACGAAACAAUAACGGUAGAGAAAAAAAUAAAUCUGCUGAUGGAUGCGGUGGCACGACAUCAAAAAGGUUAUCAAGAUGCUAUGUGUGGCAAAGGAAUCGACAGGCAUCUAUUCUGCUUAUAUGUAGUGUCAAAGUACUUAGAAGUCGAUUCGCCGUUUUUGAAGGAAGUUCUAAGCGAACCGUGGAGAUUAUCGACAUCGCAAACUCCGCACGGCCAAACUUCAAAAUUAGAUUUGAAAAAAUAUCCAAACUGUAUUUCAGUAGGUGGUGGAUUUGGGCCAGUUGCUGAUGAUGGAUACGGCGUUUCAUAUAUAAUCGCCGGAGAAAAUAUUAUAUUUUUCCACGUUUCUAGUAAACGAUCUUCGUCAAGAACGGACUCUGCUAGAUUUGCGAAAAACAUAGAGACGGCACUUGGAGAUAUGAGAGAUUUGUUACAACAAAGAAAGAAAAUUUAUCAAAAUGGAUCUACGUAACUUAUUUUUACAUGCGCAAACACGGGUGUUCUAGUGCAAACUUUACACGAUUAUACUGGAAUUUAUAACGUAAAAUAAGUUUCUUUUGACAUAUGGAGGGUUUUUAUAACAUGUAACAUAGAUAUAAUUUAAUUCAGAAAGUUUUUGAAAUUUUCAUACACAUUACUAUCAAGUUCAAAUAUCUGAUCAUAAAGUUCUAUAUAUAAUACAAACAGUACUGCGUAAUAAAGAUUUUCAUAAAAUUGUUUUUAAAGUCACUAUACAUAUAUACAUAUAUAUCACAUUUUUUCAAGUGACACACAUUUCUAUUUAAUAAUCAUUUAUAAAUUUAGAAUCUUAUGCAUGAUUGUUGCAAACAAUUGCACGACAAAUAUGUGCACAAAAGUACAAGUAUUAUAAAUCACUAUUACGUGUGCAAUAUUGCAAUUUUAGUAUUUGAUAAUAACUUUGUAUAAUACCAGAUUAUAUUAUUGAUAUAUUGUAAACUUAUUGAAACUCUUCUUUUUACUUUUGUAUUAAUUAAAAAAAAUAAUCAAAGUCAAUUUAUAAAAUUUUAAUAACUGAACUUUUUAGAGACUUUUAUGAUAUAUGAUGUAAUGAAAAAAGUAAAUAUCUCUGAAAGAAGUAAAUAUCUAUGGUAGAACUUAACGUGGAAAUUAUAUAUACAUUUUGAUUUGUGUAAUUUGAUUAUUACUUAAUGAUAUAUAGAUGAAAAAUUAUGAAUACUAUGUGAUCAUCUUUAAUUUUGUCUUACGAAUAGACAUGUAAACGAUGCCAUAUAUUGAUAUGUGCAACUUAUCAAUGCAAAGUAGUUCUAUUAUAAAUAAAUAGUAAUUGUAAGCACAGUGUGUUUUAUACUUAGAGAAGAAAAGCGAAAAUAUAUAUUCUUUCCAUUUA